GAAGAGGCGGGGUCUGGUCACAAAGGCUGCUCCACCAUGGAUGGAGGAGAAGGUAGUGCUGACCUGGUGAUUAACAAAAGGUUCGUUUCGGAGGCAGAGCUAGAAGAGCGGCGCAAAAGGAGGCAGGAAGAAUGGGAGAAGGUUCGAAAACCCGAAGACCCCGAAGAAUGUCCUGAAGAGGUUUACGACCCCCGGUCGCUUUAUGAAAGACUUCAAGAACAGAAGGACAAGAAGCAGCAGGAGUUUGAGGAGCAAUUCAAAUUCAAAAAUAUGGUCCGAGGCCUAGACGAAGACGAGACCAAAUUCCUCGAUGAGGUUUCUCGACAGCAAGUGCUAAUAGAAAAGCAGCGAAGAGAGGAAGAUCUGAAGGAGCUGAGCGAGUACCGAAGCACUUUGGCAAAGGUGGGAGUCAGUGCCGACCCCAAGAAAGAGGCAGAGAAGAAACUGCCCGUGAAGCCAGUGGAAAACAAGAGCAAGUUCUCUCAGGCAAAGCUGUUGGCAGGCGCUGUGAAACAUAGAAGUUCAGAAGGUACCAGCAGUGUGAAAAGAUUGAAGCUUGAUCCAGAUCCUGACCAUGACAAGGUUCCCGAAAAGCCGUCUUGUGUCCCUCUGGGCAGCAACUCCAUGAGCGGAUCUGCACUCCAUUGCCCCUCGGCUGCCGUGUGCAUUGGAAUCCUGCCUGGCCUCGGGGCCUACUCAGGAAGCAGUGACUCGGAGUCCAGCUCAGACAGCGAAGGCACCAUCAACUCCACUGGCAAGAUCGUCUCCUCGGUAUUCCGUGGCAGCAAUUUCUUUGAUGCCCCUCUGUAGGGUCCUUCCUAGCCCUGUAGAUGCUCAAGUGGGACUUCUUUUCUUUUGUCGCCCUCCGAACUUCCAACUUCUCCAGUCUCUCUCUUUCAGAUAAUACCAAAAUAAUGUACUGAUGCCGUCUCUGUGGCUGUGUGUCUCUCUAUUUUUCUUCCUCUGUGUUCCGUUUGGGGAUGGGGAUCUGUGUCAUAAACUUCUACCCAGAAAUACAUGAGUUGGAACAAAAGACUGGAGACUUUUGAGGUUCAGGAAUGGAGAGAAGAACCUUGUCCCUUAAGGCAGGGAUUCUCAAAUCUGAGUCCCCAGAUGUUGUUGGACUUUAGCUCUCAUGGCCUUUGGCUAUUGUGGCUAGAGACUAUGGGAGCAGAAGCCGAGCAACAUCUAGGGACCCAAGUUGGAGAACCUUGCCUUAAGAGUUUGUAGAAGCAGAGAGAAUGCUGGGGAUGUUAGCAAGCUGGUUUUUAAGAAGUAUUAUUGUUGGGGCCUGGAUGUCUGGCAGGCUUGGGUGUGUGGGCUGGCACUCUCUUUAGUUUCAAGUGUUGGUUUUUAUUGUAUAUCUGGGAAGUGUGGAGGAGAGCAAAAUCGAGCAGAUGGUGAGAAGCAAAAUGCCUUGACACUGUAUGAAAGUUUUAGUGUUGCAUCUGAUUAAAGAAAUCCUGAAUGCA